AUGGCACACUCAACAGGUUCAGGGAGUACCUUGAAAAGUGGUUUAAUUGAUUUUACAGCUGGUUCACUUGGUGGAGUAGCGGUAGUAUAUGUUGGACAGCCUUUAGACACAGUAAAAGUGAAAAUGCAAACAUUUCCACAUCUUUAUAAAGGGAUGUUAGAUUGUUUGAAACAAACAUUUCGAAAUGAUGUUACUGGAACUGAGAAAGUUGAGCAGCUCUCAACCAUGGGUAAUGCAUCUGCAGGUUUCUUGGCAGCAUUCUUCUCCUCGUUUACACUCUGUCCAACAGAAUUGAUAAAGUGCCAGUUGCAAGCUAUGAGAGAAGUCAAUGUGCAGGGCUCCCAAACAGCUAUGAAGAUAACUCCAAUACAAUUAACACAGCAAAUAUUUAGAGAAUAUGGUAUCCAGGGUUUGUUCAGAGGACUAGUUCCAACAAUCAUGAGAGAAAUGCCUGGCUAUUUCUUCUUUUUUGGAGGAUAUGAAGGUACAAGAGAGCUGCUAGCCAAGCCUGGGCAAUCCAAAGAGGAUAUUGGCUUCUUGAAGACGAUGGUAGCUGGUGCAGUGGGCGGCUGUGUUCUAUGGACAGUGAUAUUUCCAUCGGACGUCAUCAAGUCCCGCAUACAAAUAUCAAAUAAAAAACAAAAAUUCUUAACUGUUGGAAUGGACAUUGUUCGUAACGAAGGUGCAUUGGCGCUGUUCAAUGGGUUGAAACCAACGUUAGUAAGGACGAUACCAGCAACUGCUGUUCUAUUUGUCAUCUACGAGUACUCAAAGAAGUUUAUGCAUCAAUCAUUCGGCGAUUGA